ACUUCUGCUGCCAACAGAGCUCUGACAGACAGACAGACAGGGAGACACACGGACAGGUUACAAGUGAAGGAAAACAGAGCGGAUCCAAGAACUUCAGAGAAAGCGAAUGAGAUAUUCAGAAAGGACAAAUAAGGAGAGCUGAAAAGGCCAUCUUUACACCGAAGUGGACCAGUCGACCUCCUGUGCUUUGUCAGAUUGCAAGUGUAGUACGUCUGUCUGUCCAUCUGAUAUCUCGGUCAAUCAGUACUCUGGUGAAUACAGCAAAAGAGCUUGAAAGUGAGUCUGUUAGGCUAAACAUCACGAUGGCUCCCAAAAAGAAGUCUGCACGCCCUAAGAAGUCUAUUCCUGAGGUGACAACAGUUGAGGGUGGAGUGCUUGUCCGGGAGCCCAAUGUAAAAAAGCUGGAGCUCCCUCUGAAUGUGGAGCAGCUGAACCGUCUGAACGGGGUGCCGCUACCCCCACCGGUGAUCCGGCCUGGGGAGAAGGGUUUCGGGCUGGGCAGCGAACUCACCAGGCCUCUGCAUGGAUCUGCUCUGCUGGAGGAGCUGAGCCGCAUGAGACAGGAGCGCUUCCUCACUGACAUGGAGCUGGCCUGUAAAACCAAAGCAUUUGAUGUUCACAAACUUGUCAUUUCCUCAGUCAGUCAGUAUCUCCGAGAAGUCCUGGCCAAAGACCCGGGACUCAAACGACUGGAACUUCCGACCCUCUCGCCUCUUGGACUUGCCAACGUGAUUACCUUUGCGUACCUGGGCCGUGUGCACAUGUCGCUGUACACCAUUGGUUGCACUGUGUCUGCAGCAAGCACUCUGCAGAUCCCGCAUCUUCUUCAGAUGUGCAUGGACUUCCUGAUGGCCGAGCUGAACACACACACCUGUGUGUACGUGUGGAACAUCGGUGCUGCGUACGGCCUGAUGCCUGUCCGAGAUGCCGCCCGGCGUUACAUCUUAGAGAAUUUUGCCCAGUUUUCUGAAACAACCCAAUUCAACCAACUUACCUUUGAGCAGAUCACAGCUUUCCUGCAGGACGACAACCUUAUUCUUCCCUCAGAGGUCUCCACCUUUCAGAUUGCAAUGAAGUGGUUAGACUUUGACCCUAAGAGGCAGGAGCACGCUGCAGAACUGCUGUCCCACGUGCGAUUUGAGACCAUCCCCGCUAGUGAGCUGGUUAGCGAGAUCCAGCCAGUGCCACGUAUGAUGCUAGAUCCCCAGUGUCACCGUCUUCUGGUGGAUGCCAUGAACUACCAUUUGCUGCCGUACCAGCAGAACACACUGCAGUCACGCCGCACCAAAGUCCGCGGGAGCCAGAACGCUCUUCUAACCAUUGGAGGACGCCCUUCACUCACUGAGCGUGCCCUAAGUCGAGAGGUUCUGUGGAGAGAUCCUCGAGAAGGAACGGCUACAUGGCGCCAUCUUACUCAACUUCCAGCAAAGAGCUUCAACCAGUGUGUGGCCGUGAUGGACGGAUUCCUGUAUGUAGCAGGAGGAGAAGAUCAAAACGAUGCUCGAAACCAGGCUAAACAUGCUGUUGGUACCCUUAGCAGAUACGACCCUCGCUUCAACACAUGGCUGCAUCUGACCAGCAUGCGCCAACGACGUACCCAUUUCAGCUUGGUGGCCACAAAUGGGCGUCUAUACGCCAUUGGCGGCCGCAACACCGACGGCCUCCUAGCCACCAUAGAAAGCUACCAGCCUUCAACCAACACAUGGCAGCUCCGCACCCCAAUGGACAUGCCCAGGUGCUGCCAUUCCAGCGCGGUCCUCCCAUCAGGAGAUAUAUUAGUGACCGGCGGCUACGUCAACUGCGCCUACUCUCGCUCUGUCAUCCAAUACAGCAUUGAUAGAGAUGCAUGGAGCGAGAAAGGAGAGCUGGAAACACCACGCGGAUGGCAUUGCUCUGCAUUACUCGCAGGAAAAGUGUAUGUUGUUGGUGGAAGCCAAUUGGGAGCGGGUGGAGUCCGUAUUGAUGUGAUGACCAUGGAGGUUUUUUCUCCGGAGAGCCAGGAGUGGAGUAGAGCUGCUAAUCUGCCAAUGGGAGUGAGCACGGCUGGAAUGUCCCCAAUUGGGAGUCAUCUGUAUAUAUUAGGUGGAUGGAAUGAAGCAGAAAAGCGUUAUAAGUCAGCGGUGCAGAGGUAUGAUCCUGGCACCGACAGCUGGGCAGCAGUGGAGGAUCUGCCUGAACCCAUUGUUGGAGUGUCCUGCUGCGCUCUGGGUUUGCCUCCAAGACACACGUCCCGCAGACACCGAAACACCCCGUCCCAUGAAGACCACAGCAGUCUGGCUCUGCAGAACAACACAGCAUGAGAAGAUAUAAAAAUAUACAGAAGACAAAAAGAAGAAGAGAAACUGUGUAAAAUAUCUGUUAAAUAACAGUGUUUUCUGUUUAUUAAUGGUUGUGACUUGCAUUAUGGGAUGUAAAAAUUAAACUCUACAGUUUAACAAAAUGACUUUUAAUGACAUUUCAGUCCUUUGAAAUAAUAUUACGAGUAAGAAAUAACAUAUAUAGAGAAUUAAGUCUUUAAAAUAACAGAAAACAUACUGGGGGGUUAUUACAAGGUGUUUGUAGCGUAAUAUACAACACCAACUCAGAUGAUAUAUCACUUUAAACUAUUAAAAACGUUAUUAAAAGUCAUUUUUUCGAACUUCUGAAGGUUAAAGCUUGUUGGAAGAACGAUUAAAGUCCCAUAAUGCAAUUCAAAAGCAUAAAUAAAUGGGGGGAAAUAAAAGUAUGAAUCACAGAAUAAAGAAAACUGCUCAUUUAUGGAUAUUUUA